AUUUCCCCUUGACAUGUCGGACAGAGAGUUGUCAUUCGUGACAAUGAAGACGACGAAACAAAAAUGAGUGGCUAUCUCACAGUGUACGUCCGUGUAUCAAAUGACGAAGCACUAGCAACUAUGUUGACAGGUAGGGAUGGUAUACCCUUCUAUCUCACAGACAGGUACUUUACUAUUCAACUGGCAAGUUAUGUAUGGCUAUCCCGCAACCAGCAGUGAACGCGGUCGAGAUGUACUGUCAGAUUUAUUGGAAUGCGACGCUUUCAAUGCUCAGUGCGUUUGUUCAGUGUUAAACUCGCCGUAUGAUCAGGUGACUGAAGUAUGCGAAUGUGCGCCUCAGUACCGAGUACGGACGGUAAAUCAGAGAUGAAACCGAACUCCGGAUUGUGCGAGUGCCCUAUUCCUGGCAAUACUUUUAAUAACUGUAGAUGCACAGGCUAAGGUUUAAUAUCGACGCCGCUGAGGUCAUCGUUUGUUUACAGUGAACGCCUAUGUAGUCGAAACACUGUAUUGAUCAAGCAUGAAGUCCUUAACUGACUCAACGUUACUUGAAGAAGAGUCGCUGGUGAAAACCACUUCGUUAUUGAGCCAAUUCUCAGUGGAGGUACAUUCAUUAAUGCCGCCGAAUUUUCUAGUAAGCCCAUGCAAGUCUACCUCACAGUACUGACUUUAGCUAGUCAGGCACUGAGAACCAGCUGACCAUAACAUUGGCCGCUAGGUAUAACAUAGACUAUUUCUACAUAGAUAAUGCUGGUAUGUGCUGGAAUGGGCUCGUCUGUGAAUAGUGCCCUCACUACAGGGCUCACGUUUCUGACUGGUUGCUUGCCACGUAUGAUAAGUUGUGUGCUGAACGCCCAGUCUUUAUACGACUAGUGGCCACAGAAUGCUAUGUGUUUAACGAAAUCAAAGAGGAGUACGGUUGUCCAAUCAAGCAACUCGCCGAUCUCGAUCAAUGUGAGAACCUAUUAAAACCGUGCAGUCUGUUUAUGGCAGGUCUUUUAAUAUGUCGAGAUAUUUUCUGGCCUGGUGACGAAAGAAGAAAAGAGUGGGGUACUUGGUACCCCAAAGUUAGGAUUUUGUAUAUCGAUUACAUGAAGAUUGUGGAAAGCUUCGCAAGAUAUGUACAGAGUGCGAUAUCAACGUCGCUGACCCUGAACCUGGUGCACAGGUUCUACUACAUGGACACUCGCGCUACCGCGAACAGAUUCAUAGAACUGAACAGCACCCAAUGUCCAGGUGACGUUCAUCAUAACUGGGCUCUUCACGGUGUGGAUAUGAACGGCAAUGCAGACUAACGAUCUUACAAGGUUAAAAGCGAACAACUGGGCGAUAUAAAACUUUUGAAUUUAAGCCUGCAGUAUUUGUUCUGAGUGGUUUUCGGCGGGAAUGGAGAACCGUGGCAUCAGCACCGACGUGCGUGAGUGCCGGAGUAUCACUGCCACGUUGGAGAGACUCGCAGAAAAUGCCAGUCCCACCAAUAUUGAGACAAUUGGAAAUGGGGAAGCAUUCACCAAUGCUGCCGCGACGCCAAGCAUGGCUGUCUCACGGGGAUGGACAGCGACAAUAUUGCGAUUGUAGACCUAUUGAUAAUUGCACAGACGGAAAAAUUGAACUCGUCUGCAACGACCUACCGUGGGUCACCUGGCUGUGACAGUUGACAAACCACUAUAUAGUUAGUGCUGGUGCCUACGCCAAUAAUUAUCCCUACGCCAAUGGCUCGCCUACUGACUGCUUUUCUCAUAACUUGUAGUGGUAUGUGUGCUACACCUCCCCCAUUUCCAGAUAAUGUUGGGCUUGUUGAUUGGGAAUGUCCGCCAGCGCAGAUUCGUGACACAGGCGGUAAGUCCUGUAAAUGUGUACCACCCACACAUUGAACUCGGACUCUUACUGACAGAGUGUCCCAACUUACCAAUACAGAUAGUGC